UUUUGCCGGGGGAGUGGUCAUUUUCGCAUGAAAGGGAGGGUUACCUGGAAAUGGAUUUGAAAGCCGCUCGUAUCCUAUGAAACAACUUUCAGCUUUGAAAGAAAUAGAAUUCCUACAACUUUCAAGAAAAGAGGGGAAAAAACAGAAGUUCAAUUUCCAAUUAAAUUUUAACUCGAUAUAAAUUUGAAGUUUAUUUUUGAACAAAUAUAAUUUUGAAGAUCUUCCUGUUUAGGUGCUUAGAUCCUCUGAUCUUUACUGUUUAUGUUACCAGCUUCCUUUUCCUCAGAUCCUUUGGAUUUAUUUUACUAAUUUCUCGCAUUGAUCUUCUUCUCGGCUUCAUGGAGAUCUGAUUUAUCGCACGUUUUACGAGUGUGAUGGAUUCAGAAAAUAUUUUGUCUUCGGUUGGGCUUAAAGUUGCCCAUCAGAAAGGUGUUUAUCCACAACUUCGGGUGUGUGGGGAUGAUAGUAGUUCAGAUAAUGCGAAUGGGAGUGUUGAGGAAACCAUCGAAACUUAUUUGCAGAAUGGAAUGAAUGACAAUGUAGGAACUGGGGAAGCUGGAGAAGACUCCGAUGAUUUCGUUGAAAGUAAUGCAUUGAUUGAUUCUGAGGAAGGGGAAAUAGAGGAUAAUAUGAAGCGAUCCAAACCUCAGAAAGUUCAAGGCAAGACCAAGAAUGAGAAGCUGUCUAGUCCUGGAAGUGUUUCUUCGGCUUUAGUGAAGAAAAACAAAGAUGGAAAAAGUGCAGAUGUGCCAUUAAUAGCUUCAAGUGCUGGUUCUGUUGCUACAAUUUCAGGUCUGAAUCAGCCUCAUAAAAACAGACCAUUUAGUGAAAGACAAGCCAAUGCAUCUAAGCAAUCUGAAAAGUCUGAUGUAGCCUUGUCUGAAGGAACCACGGAGAAACCCAAUCUCAAGCCUGUGAAGAAAGGGCCUCUUACAAAAUCUGAAGGAGACUCAGAGUCCUCCCCCACUGCAACUGAUGCCAAACCUUGUAGGGUUAGUACUCUUCCAAAAUAUGGAUUCUGUUUCAAGUGUGAUGAACGGGCUGAAAAAAGGAAAGAGUUCUACUCUAAACUUGAGGAAAAGAUUCAUGCGAGGGAAAUAGAAAAGAGCAACUUGCAAGCUAAGUCCAAGGAAACUCAAGAAGCUGAGAUUAAGAUGUUUAGGAAGAGUUUGAACUUUAAAGCAACGCCAAUGCCAAGCUUCUAUCAGGAACCUUCACCUCCUAUGGUGGAAAUAAAGAAGCUACCAACAACAAGAGCUAAAUCUCCAAAGCUUGGUCGAAGAAAAAGCACAACUCCUUUGGACUCUGAUGGUAACAGCAAUAGUGGCCACCAAUUAGGCCGGCCAAGUUUGGAUGAGAAAGCACAUCCAGGUAGCUCUGCCAAAGUAAUUUCCCCUGUCCGUUUAAAGAAGCCACAACGGAAAUCUCUUCCCAAACUGCCUUCUCAGAAGACUAGUUUGUCCAGUACAACAAAUGAGGAAAAUGCAUCAAAGGCACUCGAUCAGGGAUCAACUGUAUCUAAAGCAACUACUGACGGAAAGAUAGCCUCAGUGUCAUCUAAAGUGACAGAAGAGAAGGCCACCUUAUCUAAUGUGACAAAUGGGGAAUUAUCUCCAUCCCAACAGCAGGAGACAGUUUCUAGAGCUGAUUCAGGUGAAAGUCAGGCUGACACAGAUCGAGGGCCAAUGGUUGGAGAGCAAGGUUAUGUGGACUUGGUACAAUAGCCGAUUACAUGAAGCACCAGGCAAGGCAAUGGUUUGAAGCGGAUGUUCAUAUACAAAGCUCUUGACCUCAUUUUGCGUAAAUAAAGAUGUCUAAAGACUGAAAUGAUCAAUGAAUCAAGCACGAAAAAUUCUACAUCAUGGGUUAACGUUGCCUUCUAUAUUCAGCAGCUUUGGUUGUUUCGUGUGUCACUUGCAAAGGUUGCUGGGCUUGUAGUUAGGAUUCCUGCUUUCCUGUUUGAACCACUGUAUGUCAAUCCUCCUUCACCAAGUUGUCCUCCUAAUUUUCGGAAAUUUUGGAGUCUGUUGCUAUUUGAGGAUCCAUGAUCGAUCGGGGUUUGUCCAAACCGAAUGGAAACUUUGUUUUGUGAAUUAUGUCCAUUUUAAACUUGUAAAUAUGCUUACAUUAUUUUGCAGACUGAGCAUCAGUCAACCUGCUGCAAUCAAUCUGACUUUCAUUUCAUGCCUGGGAGGCAGGGGGCACUAUUUAUAGUAUACUAUGAUUGAAAA